UCAUCCUUUGUUUCCCUUUUUCUCAUUUCUUUCUUUCUCACUGUUUUUGGCUUACUUAAAGUCGCAAACUUUGCUUCAAAUUCAACCCACCUCUCUUCUCCCUCCUCUGCAGAUUCUCUUCCCUUAGAACCAAAUCUCCCCCCCAAAUUCUCAGUCUUCUGGGUUUCGGAUUCAAAUGGAAGGCGGUUCCGCGAGUGGCUCGGCUUCGACUUUGUCAAACGAUGAAAAUCUCGUUGUCUCUUGCGAGGAUUCUUCUUCCCCGGCAGAGAAUGAGCUCGAGCUCGGUCUUACGUUGAGCAUCGGUCCAAAGGGUAAUCGAGAUUGCAGGGUUUCUUACGCUGAUGAUUCUUCAUCUUCGUCAUCUUCUUCCCUGAGCAGAGCUAGCGUAACUGCUGGGAUCAAGAGAACAGCUGAUUCCAUGGCUGCAACUAGUGGGCAAGUUGUGGGAUGGCCACCAAUAAGGACUUACAGGAUGAACAGUAUGGCUAACCAAGCCAAGACAUUGGCUAUGGAAGAUUCGAACACAGAGACUCGUCAAGAAGUAAACAAGAAUAUAACUGAUGCGACAAAGAUGAGAAAUUCGAUGUUUGUGAAGGUGACUAUGGAUGGCAUUCCAAUCGGAAGAAAAAUCGAUCUGAAUGCUCAUAAAUGCUAUGAAUCGUUGUCCAGCACUCUGGAAGAAAUGUUUUUGAAACCCAAAACAGGUUCAAGCACACGAGAAACCGAUGGUCACGUUGAAAAACAGCUCAAGAUACUACCAGAUGGGUCUUCUGGAUUAGUACUUACAUACGAAGACAAGGAAGGAGAUUGGAUGCUUGUCGGCGAUGUUCCGUGGGGGAUGUUUAUUGGUUCUGUGAAAAGGCUCCGGAUAAUGAAAACAUCAGAAGCUACUGGUACAGCUCAAAUGUUCUUAUGAAGCGAAUAAUAAUCUACAAGAACCCUUUAUAUUUGAAGCAAUAAUAAUACAGAUCACAGAUCAAAGGGAAGACAAAAACAGUGUAAGAAACCUUCUUCUUCUUCCUGCUUCUUCUCUUUACAGUUUUUGGCUCUGCCAUUCUUUUAGUUAGUGGCAUGUUCUCUUUGUAAAUCACAUUUGACAAGCUAUAACAAAAGUUACAAAACUCUGUUUUGCACA